AGCCUCAAGGGAUAGGGCUGGGCUUUUCGCAAUACCACGAAACGUAGCAUUGUGUAAUGAGGGGGCACGUGUAAAGAAACAAUUUCCGAAGUUGUGAAACAUCAUCGUCUUGGCGGUCGCAUAACAUAACAGAGGGGGAUCGUCCGAUGUGGAGUUGUGUGAACAACAACAUCUUCAGUAGUAUCCGAAUUCUACGCUUCUGCCGUCUUCAUAUUUUCCCUGCUCCUAUUACUGCCUUCCCUCUGCUCUCCACCUCUCGUGCCCUACCUUUCAUGGACAGUACUAAUCACUCUUCAUCCUUCGCUUCUUUCGCUCAUUCCAGUAGGAGUGGUGGCCGUGUUGGUGGUAGGGGAAAAGGUUUGGAAAAUGAUCGAGAGAGGUCGAGAGGCCGUCGUGGUGGUGGUAGCGGUAGCGGUGGCAAAGAUAAAAUUGAUGCACUUGGUAGACUAAUGACACGCAUUUUGCGUCAUAUGGCUUCAGAAUUAAAUCUGAACAUGCAAAGUGAUGGAUAUGUCAAAGUUCAGGAUUUGCUAAAGCUGAAUAUGAAAACCUUUGCCCAAAUUCCGCUGAGCUCACACACAGUUGAUGACAUCAGGGAGGCUGUCAGAAAAGAUAAUAAGCAGCGGUUUAGCCUCCUGGAGGAAAAUGGGGAGCUUUUGAUACGUGCAAACCAAGGCCACACAAUAACGACUGUUGAAUCUGAGAGCUUAUUGAAACCAAUCCUUUCAGCUGAAGAAGUUCCUGUGUGUGUACAUGGAACGUAUAAGAAGUAUCUGGAGUCUAUUUUGGAGUCUGGCUUGAAUCGUAUGAAAAGAUUGCAUGUCCACUUCUCAAGUGGCUUGCCUACUGACGGUGAAGUAAUCAGUGGUAUGAGACGGGAUGUAAAUGUUUUGAUCUUUCUUGAUGUCAGAAAAGCUUUAGAAGAUGGAAUGAAACUUUACAUGUCGGACAACAGGGUGAUCUUGACAGAAGGUUUCGAUGGUGUGGUACCUGUUAAGUACUUUGAAAAGGUGGAAUCGUGGCCUGAUAGACGACCUAUACCUUUGUAAACUGGGAUUUAAUUUAUGACCCCCAUUUAUAUUGGUCACUUUUAUUCCCGCACUGAGGUAGAAGCAUUUAUGAUCAAUUGUUUUUUUGAAGGACAAUAAUAAUAAUAAUAAUAAUAAAACCCUUCACGAAUUUAAAAUUUCCAUUAAAAUUAAAAAAGGGGUUCUUCUGCAAAGAUUUUGAAACUAUUGGGAUAAUUUUAGUACAAAUAAUUGAGAAGGGCUCCUUGAGAAAAAGAGGAAGAUGUAGUUGUAAACAUACGGAAAGUGAAAACCCUAUUUCUUAUACGAAUACGGAAUACAAAAUCAUUUUGUUGUGAGUGCUGCUUGCUGUGCUGUGCUGUGCUAUUCAUAUACCAAGG